AUGGCUGCUUAUCGUGACACUGGCAAUGCUGUUGACGAUGACUUUUGCUCUCAGGCUUUGAUCUUUCUAGUACCUACUUCGAUCGCGACUACAUGUCGUAUCGAUGCUUGUUCAGACACCAAGUUCAAGUUGAAGUUGACUCGGCUGAGAGUCGGCUCAGAGCUCUGCAUCGACGAUUCAAUCUUCCGUGCCGAGCCAGCUAGGACAUUCAAGCUUCCAGAUCGAGCUCAUGAGAAGUCUCCGAUGGAUCAAGCACGAAGAAAAAAUAUUUUGUCACUUGUUGUUCAGUGUUGUUCGGAGAUUGCCGUCCGAGUCUGGUGUUUAUUCUGA